AUGUGUGGUAACUGGAGGGUGAGAAUCUUCAGACGAAAAUCGGAACUCAAUUUUGCUGACCUUCACUCCAACCUGUCAGGCCUGGGCCUUGCGACGACUAACUUAGGAGCACAUGUUGCUAUUUUGGACUUGGACGACCCUACGGGCGUCUUCAAACAACUGGGCUCACAAGUUCGAUUUUUCGAAGUCGAUCUAGGGGAAGAAAUUUCAGAGGAUAUCGCAGCUGUUGUGUGCUGUGCUGGUAUUCUUGGCCGGGCAAAGAUCCUGGGAAGACAAAACAUUGCGUUCUCGAUCGAGGUGUUCCAGAAAGUCGUUGCUGUCAAUCUAAUUGGAACAGUGGAUGUUAUCCGUCAACUUCUCCCCUACACAGCAACACAAACUCCAGAUGGUGAUGGAGAACGAGGAGUUAUCAUCUUCACUGUUUCAUUAGCAGCCGCCUUCGAUGGCCAACCAGGGCAAGUUGCGUAUUCUGCGACGAAAGGAGCAAUUGCGUCGAUGACGCUUCCUCUCGCCCGCGAUCUUGUGCAGCAUGGAAUCAGAGCUGUAUCGAUAUCUCCUGGCCUGUUUGAGACCAGCGUGGUUACCGAUAUGCCGAAGAAGGCAAAUGAUAGCCUUCAGCGAGCUCUGGAGUUUCCGAGUAGACCUGGAAGGUCAGAUGAGGUUGCGGAGUUGGUAGGUCACUCGAUAUCGAAUUCAAUGUUGAAUGGCACCAUGGUUAGACUUGGUGGAGCUACGGGGAUGCCUAGUUGGCUGUAG